CAUGGCGACAUCAACCUGACUGAGGCAAUCGGAUCCGGGAAGGGGCGGUCAGCUGGGUUGCUAUGCCGGGUUGGUGGCAGCUUCUCGAACCCGCCCUUCUCCCGCCAAAACCGACACAGACCGCCAUGCUCUUCGAGCCUGGUCUGGAAGCGAGAGUCCACCCAGCGAUGUCGUUGCCUUGAGCCAAGCGCAACAUCAGUCCGGCAGCGCUCUGGAUUUCUCCAGCCCAGACCGGAUUUGCAUCAUCCGUGGCCGUAACUUUGAAUGCGCGUAAACCUCACAUGUCUUCAGACUCAAGUCCUGCCUGCAUGUCCGGCUCGGUGCCAGGGAAUGUGCAAGUACCUCCGGUCACUCUAACGCACGUAUCAUCCAAUACGGUCGGCCGAAUACACUAUGCCACAACGACAGACUCGUCCAUGGCGAUGAGAACCAUCCCAUUCCUGGUGAUGGGGGUCGUCUCUCUCACGACCGUCUAUCUGCUGCUGUCGACGCGGAUCCUGGAGCUUGUGAAUCCCAUGACGACCUUCAUCCAGGCGACCCAGGGAUUCCUCAUCAGCACCAUCAUGGCCUUUCUCGCCGUCGCGCUGCUGUUCCUGUCCAACUUUCUGAACCAGCGCGAGGAGGCCCGAGGCGAGCAGCGCUGGCUCUAUGGUGAGCCGGACCUCAGCACUCUCAAGACCGGCCACGCCCGCAACAUCGAGCAUCAUCGGGUCACUGUCGUUUGGCUUCCCAACGACCCCACACGCAUCCAGAUCCAAGACCUGGCGCUGGCGAUACUGGACAGCGAGCCCGCCUCUGUUGUCUCGAUCGAGACUCCCUCGGCCUCCUCCAGCGACAGUCUCCGUCCAUCCGAUCCGCCGUUUGCCCAGAUGCUCGAUCGGUCGCUCGAAUAUGCCCAGUUCCGGUUCGGCAAGCUCAUGCUGAAGCACAAAGGCAGGGCCGCCCCGCAGUCUCUUGGUGGGUCGCAGGUGUCUCUGUCGGACUAUCACCCACUGAUCCCACAGCGGAUCGUGGCGGCCGGGAACGUCGUGCAUGACGACGGCUCUAUCGAGAUGAGGACCAUCGCCGAGAUUGAGCAGUCCGAGGAGCAUGUCUCGUCGGGAUCGGGAUCGGCAUCAGGAUCAGGAUCAGCGUCUGUAUCCUCUCCGUUGGCACAUGGCCGCCACUAGGCAUAUCACGACGACACGUACACUUCACACAUGAGCAAACGGGAC